AUGAAUGUUAAAGGAAUCUCGGGAUAUGUUUAUCACAAGAAUAUUCGAGAGUUUGACUUCCACAAUGCAUCUAGUUCAGACCAUCCAAGAAAAAAAUGCUUCUCCUCUGAGUUUGUCCCUUAUGGGAAUGAGACGGGCCGGUUGGCAGUGUACAGCAGCAGAGGGCCUUCUGUUCAUGGUGUCACUGGAGCUGCUUUGAUUGACAGGGUGCAGAUUGGAAAGCCCCUCCUCCUGGAAGUCUCAGAUGUGACCAUGACGAACAGUAUCUAUACUCAUUCUACCAGCUGGCAGAUUAGAGCAUGUCCCUCUGGGACUAAGUACUUGAAUCUCAUGUUGUCCAAAAGAGGUCGGGAUAUCCCUUCCUGUGCCCCUCUGCCCACAGACACAGAGGACAAGCAGCAGGAUAAAGCCUCAACCAAACCCAAGCCAGCUGUUUGGAUUUUUUCGGAGAAACGGGCAUAUGCAACACAGACAGACAUCAAAUUUGUAGCAGUGACAGAAGUGCUGAAUCCUCUAUACUUUCAUUGGAGAUUUGAGAAUGGACCUGAAAUAAAAACAACAUCCAGAAUCUUCAAAAAGAGAUAUCGCCUCCCAAACAAAUACAAUGUCACUGUCAGUGUGUCUAAUGGUCUCACAUCCAUCAGCUCAGAUAUUUAUCCUGUUGUGAUUCAGAGAGCUGUUCAGCCCAACAGGCUUCUGUACAGUCCCUCAGUUUUAUCAAAUCGUUCUGUAAACUUCACCUGCCGGAUCAGCUCAGGAACUGAUGUCUCCUAUCUUUGGAAUUUUGGAGAUGGAACAGAGCGAGACGGAUCACGCACUGAGCAUCAUGUCUUUAACAGAACUGGAGAGUACAUAUUAGAGGUUAUUAUGUUCAACCUAGUGAGCUCAGCCUCUUUAACAGGACACAUCUUUGUCGUUGAAGAAUCAUGUCAGCCUCCUCCGGUGAAAAACAUGGGCCCAAAUAAAAUACAGGUGUGGCGGAAUCAAAAUGUCCAUCUUGCUGUGACGUUUGAGUCUCAGAUUCAGUGUAAUGUCUCCAGAGGUCUCCUGUAUAGAUGGACUAUACACGACAUGAGCGGACGACAACUGCUCCUCCCACACAUAGACACGACACGGCAGUAUAUUGAUCUUCCGAAAUACCUCCUUCAUUAUGACACAUACAAAGCUAUUGCAAAGGUCCAGGUAUCCGGUAGUGUGGUGUACAGCAACUACAGUGUUUUAAUUGAAGUGUUGCGCAGUCAUCCUGUCAGUGUCAUCAGCGAAGCCACAAAUAUUUUCAUCAAUCGAAAAAGUGGCAUUAUUGUUACUCUAGAUGGGCGAAAGUCACACGACCCAGAUUUCCCCAAUAAUACUUUAAGUUACAGCUGGUCAUGCAGGCCAGUAAACACAGAAGAGAGCAGCUGUUUCAACAGGAACAUCGUGACCACUUCAGCGGUUCUUGUAUUUCCCGCUCUUGCCUUGAAACCUGACUUUGACCUGCUUAAAUUCACUCUUACCGUGUACAGAGGCCAUCAAUCUUCUUCUUCUGAGAUGUUCAUCACUGUAACAUCAAAACGUGCCAGCAACAUUCAUAUGUCUUGUAAAGAUUGCAGAGGAAAUUCAGUGAACUGGAAUGAUCAGUUUUCUGUUUCUGCUCUCUGUGAUGAUUGUGGUUUCAAUGCUACAAAUGUCACCUAUCACUGGAAACUUUACAUUGUUAAUGCCUCAAGCAAAGCUGUUACAGAGGUUCCAUUCUGCAGUAGUAUGGAUCUAAGUUUGCCCUCUAAAAUGGAGGAGAGCUUACAUUUCUCCCUGCCUACUGUGACACCCUACACUCCAGCCCAUUUUACUGAUCCCACCGGUCCAGAUAUAGGCAUAUCUUUGGCUCCUUAUCUUUUAUCUAAAGUUAUUGACCUUACAGCCCCAGUUACACAAGAUACACUGACUUCAAUGUUGCACACGAAACACCAUAACGUUAAUGUACGCACGCUGAUUGAAAGUCCCAGCACAAACCAUUACCACCGUCCUGGAUUUCCAACUAUCAAACCUUCGCACACACCCUUCUUUCCUUCCUUCCCUGGGGAAACAGAGUCGUCUGGGGGUCAGUGGGAGUUUCAUGGGUCCUUACCAGCCCCAGACUGGCGUACUGAGGACAUGAUUUACACAGACAUUUACGAGACAGUAUCAGGUGAUCAUCCCUCGCUACCAGAGUAUGAUUACUAUAGUUUUGGAAUUGAAGAGGCUGAUCCUGGUGUUCCAGUUGGCAGACCUACAGGGACCAAUUCAAUGGGAUUUAGUUGGAAUGAAGGAUCAUUCCCUCACUCUUAUGACAAUGAGGGUGAUAAUCUGGUGGACCCCAACCUGUUUGGCCCUGCGGUUUCUGAGAAGACCCUGCUGGAUCUGGACCGCCAGCUCAUUCCUGAGUCUGUGUUUGAGUCUUACACUCUCACAGGAUUAUCUUCUGCGGCCAUCACAUUUAAACCCUUCAUGCUUGAACCAAAGAGUCUUUAUAUGCUCGAAGUGUCUGCAAGUUCUGAGGAGCGCCUACAAGGGAAAAGCCAGCUGUUCUUCCACACACAAGCUGUUCCGGAGGGAUUGAGCUGCCAAGUGCAGCCCAGCACAGGCUCUGAAAUCCACACUCAUUUCAGCGUAUUCUGCUCCUCUGGAAAAGAGGAUCUCUUGUAUCAGUACAGUUUUAGUGUUGGAAACACUGAAAGGAAACUUCUUUAUGAAGGCAGGGAUUUCCAACAUUACUUCAAUCUUCCUAGUGGAGAUCCUAAUGACAAUUACAAAGUCACAGUCUAUAUUGAAAUAAAGAACAGAUUUGGAGCAGCGACCAAACUAUGUCCUGUGACAGUGACUGUUCAUCCAAGCUUUCAGAGAGACUCAUCCUCCCAUCCCAGCGCUGAACAAGAACUGUACAUGUACGGAAUCGGUAACCUAACCGGUCUGAGUAAGAUUGGAAGCAACCGAGACAUCCUCAACUACAUCUCUCUUUUGAUCACGGUGCUGAAACGCUUGAGUCUAGACCCGGAGUCUUCUGUCGAGCAUCUGACACUCACACACACCGCCCUUGUUUCAGCGGCCUGUCAGCUGUCCAUCACUGACAAGGCAGAUUUAUUUGAAAUCAUUUACAGUCUUACUGAUUUGAUAAGAAUCUCUAGUCAAGUGACAUUUCACAGUGCCAAAGAAGUAAUCCGGCAUGUUCACGACAUCCCAUCCCUUUUACGUGAGUCCAAGCUUCCAGAAGGCCAUAUAUUGGACAUUGGGAUGGUGAAUGCACUGUACUGUCAUGAGACCAGAAAAUGUUUGGUUACUGAUAGUCUUCUAAAUAUCAGAAUAUCGGAGUGCAUGCUAUCCAGCAAUAUCUUGCAGUACAAUGUGAACACUACUUUUAUGGAAGUGUUAGCCUGGAAGGAUGGCGAGUCUUAUUCUAUGGUGAAAACAUUUGGCCUCACUACGUUCCACCUCACUGAUUUUCUCAAGAUGCAAUUUCAGCAAUGGAGUUGCAACAGCCAGCAGAAGCCCUGCAUCAUUACCUGGCUCACAGUGUACAGGCACAACCCAUAUCGCUGCUCCAGAGACAUGCAGUUCAGCGGAGAGACAGCAGACAUUCGACUCUAUAACUGCACCACUAGGAAGGAAAUCAAACAAAUAGUUUCCUCUAUAUUUGGUUACCCUGAAUUGUGUUUCUGCUUGUUCCAGCAGAGCAGACAUACAGAGUUCACUCUUCUGCACAGUCAGGUGAACAGUCAUCAGUUCAACAUGACGUCACUGACCCUUCAGAGAGCCCUGCAGAUCACUGUGCAGUUUAACAGGCCAGCUGAACGCCCCUUUCCUAUUCUGCUGCUGCUUAGAGUGUACGAGCAGCCAACACCUAAUAAGUACAACGAACAGAAAAUAUAUCACUGGAAAGGAGAGACAGCUCACAUCUUCCUCCCUCAAUCCUAUUUGCAUGCUACUGGUGCUGUCUACCUGAUGCUUCUCAAUGCAGACUAUAAUAAAAGCCCUUGCAACAAGUACAUUGCCAAAGCUGUGAACUACACACUUAGCAUCGAGUCUGUGGAGUGUCUUUCCUGGGAUGGUGUGAAACAGAGGAAUCGCAGGGGUUGUUUUUCUCAUGGUGGUGUUUCCCCAGACAAGAUCUACUGCAGUUGCAACCACCUGGCAUCAUUUGCAGUAUCACAUGAGAACAUCAUAAGCAGCUUCAACUCUACAGAUGUUUCACAGUUUAUCCACUCCAAAACCAACUACACACUGAUCAUUUUGUCAGUAAUAUUCGUGGGUCUCUAUGUGUUGGUGUUGGUCUUGUGUAAAAAGGCUGAUGUUUCCAUUCAGAAAGCUACAGGCUCAUUCCUGCUUCCAGAAAACAAUCCCUCGGACAGAUUCCUCUAUGCGGUCACCAUCGAUACAGGCUUUAGAUCUAGAACCAGAAUGACAGCAAAGGUUUACAUUGUUCUAUAUGGAGAUGAUGGUGUCUCUCAAACAAGGGAACUCAGCAGCUCUGACUCCAAACUCUUCACAUGUAACUCAAGGAACACUUUUAUUCUGAGCUCCCCAGUGAGUCUGGGUCGGAUAUGGAAGGUGCAUCUUUGGCAUGAUAAUAGAGGUUCAUCUCCUAGCUGGUACCUGAGCCAUGUGCUGGUAAAAGACCUGGUGCAGGGGUCCAGCUCGUUCUUCCUGGGCCAGUGUUGGCUGGCAGUGGAUGAGGGAGAUGGAAGGGUGGAGAGGAGUUUAUCUGCUUCUGAAUGCGGGCUGACAUUUAAACAGUUUCUAUAUCUGAAACUCACAGAAUACUUGGAGGACUUCCAUCCAUGGCUGUCUGUGUACAGCCGUCCGUCUUUCAGCUCUCACACACACACUCAGCGUUGGAGUGUGUGUCUGCUGCUCCUGCAGGGCUACAUGUGUGUCAGCGCCAUGCUCAUAAAUCUUUUGAAAGAACAGUGCUUUUUAGAGCUGGGCCUUAUUGAUGUUUCACCGGUUUCCAUGGUAACAGGCCUGUGCAGUGCUCUUGCUGUGAUGCCGGUGGGGGGUCUGGUGUCCCUGGUGUUCCGUGUCGGCAAGACCAUGUCCCAUAGUGUGUCUGGAGAGCAUUAUAAGGUCAAGGUGCCUGAUGUGUGCCCUGUAGAAGAUAUCCCAGAGAAUCGGCAGUUUUGUGGUGGUAGAAUCCGAAGUCUUCAAUCCUGGUGUUAUUAUGUGGGCUGGACCCUCUGCUUGACUCUCUCUCUUACAUGUGUCACCAUCACGGGAACUCUUGGAGUAAAAUUCAGCAAAACAAAGACUCUUCUGUGGGCUCAUUCUGUGUUCUUUUCUCUUGUCUGCUGUGGCUUUGUACUGCAUCCAGCAAUGAUACUAAUAAUUGCUAUCGCAGUGUCUCUGCUACAUCGAAAGAGGUCGAACUGGUUCCACAAUCUAAGUGUAACUGAGCCUGUCACUGAGUUAUUGAAACUCAAGGACCAAACCAUUGAGGAUGUCAUGGUUAGCAAAUACCAGCAGUCCCAUUUUGAAAGGGUGCUCGCUGCCCGUCAGAGAGCCAGAUAUCUGCGUCUAGUGCGGCCACCCAAUUCAAGAGAGUUGAAGUGUGUGAGAGGCCAGAUAAAGAAACAGACUCUCCUUUACAAAACCACAAGGGAUUUGAUGUUACACCUAAUAAUGCUGUGGACGAUUCUAUUUGUCACUUAUGGAAAGUCUACCGAUGACAAGUACCAUUUGAAUCAGGCUAUCAAAACUCAUUUCACAAUGGGUCCGCAAAAUUCAUUUUACUCCAUCCAAAAACAUGCCGAUUGGUGGAAAUGGGCAACAACCAUUUUCCUUGAGAGACUAUAUGACAAUGCCAACUGCUAUGAGAAAGGAAUAGAAAAUGAAACAGGAGAUUUCCGAGGUGCUUUCUCUUUAAUUGGGAGUCCAGUUAUUAGAAAGAUCAAGAGCACAUAUAACUCAUCAUGCCAGAUCUUGAAUUUGUUGGGCAAGAACAAUAUGAAAUCCUCUGAUAACCAAUCUGUGGCAAACAGAGACUUACUUUGUGGGAAACGUGGGUGUUAUGAGGGAGAAAAAGUGAGUGUGAACCUGGGAAAAACAAGGUUCAAAGCAAUCCAGUCAUUUAAAAAGCUUCUGGAUACCAGCUGGAUGACACCAUUCACCCAGAUUGUGAUGGUCCAAUUUCUCCUGUACAACGGGCCCAGUAACCUCUUCACGUCAGUCACCGUUCUAGUAGAGCAAACCUCAACAGGAGCUCUGAUACCCUCAGCAAGUGUUCAGUCCACUAGACUCUACCAUUUCCCAGCUGCCCUUGACUACACUGUUAUGACCUGUGAGCUUCUUUUCUUUUCAUUUAUUCUGCUUCAUAUGUAUUGGCAAAUAUAUGUUAUGACUCAAAGAGGAUGGUUUUACUGGAGAAACAUUAGGAGCUGGCUAGAGGUGACAGUUAUCAUCUGCAGUCUUAUACGAUAUAUCUGCUCUGUGUACAACUUUAUGCUAAAAACAGAGAGGAUUGACUUCCUUCAGAAGGUGGAUUUUACAUUACCUGUUGAUCUAAGUCCCAUCUUCUUUUGUGAACAGCUUUCUCAAUCACUCCUUGGUGCUGUUGUGAACUUGCUUCUUCUGAAAUGUGUGUCCUUACUACGACUAAACAAAGCAGUAGCGGCAGCUGUGUCUACCUGGAAUCUGAUCUUCUCCAACCUGCUUUGGUUACUGGCACCUGGUGUUAUUGUCGCUGUGGCCGUCUCUGGUCUCCGCAACUUGAUCUUUUAUUCAUUCCCAUUUACUGGUAUCACUAGAUCUGCUCAUUUGCUCUUCACUCAUUUCUUUAGCUUGAGCCACUUUAGUGACAUUAACCUCCAAACCCAAGUCCCAACAACACUUUAUUUUGGAGCUAUAUUUUGCACUAUGAUUCCACUGAAUGCUAUGGUAAUUGCCACCCUUACCAUUUUUGUGAAACAAACAAAGACAACUAAAAAAAGAAAACAUUUACUGACUCUCUUUGAGAUGAUCUAUAAUGUCAAAGAUAUGGCUUUACUCAUUAUUGGAAAAGCCAGUCCCAAGCAAACUGACCAUCAUGUCCAUACUAAUAGCUUUUACUUAACAGAGUUUGAGGAUCUCAUGGAUGAGCUGUUGUUUCAUCUCUGCACCAUGACAGACAGUCUCCACAACACCCUGCCUGCAAAAGAACAUUUUUCUUUCCCACUUUCUGACCAUGUUUACUACUCAGACUCAGAGAGUAUAACUUUUGAUGGAAACUGUGUGAAUAGUCAGCCACAGAGAUUGGGGAAGAAACACAAAGAAUUCCUGGAUAUGAGCAGUGACUCAUUGUUGUCAUAUAAGGAAAACACUCACAGACUACCACUAGAACACAGAAUGGCUCAGUACGUACACCAAGGCAGAGGAAGAACGCAGGAGAAGAGCCUUUCUAGAGGACUGAGAAAUUUCAAAAAACACCUCAAAGAUCCUGUCAGAGAGUCAGAAGAGAUUGGACAGGGACACAUUCAUUCUUCAGGCAAGCAGAUCCAUUGUGCACCAGCUGAGUGGAAGGACAUAGUGUCCUCUAAAUCAAAUCCAAGCAGAGUGGCAGAUGAGCAUAAUGAUGCCCUCAAGACUCAAAUCAUCACACAGGUGCAAAGGCACAAAGUUCAUCCAGCGCAUGCCAAGGCAGCUGGACAGUCAAUCGAGGGAAUGGACAAUUCUGUAGAAGAGCAAACGGUUAUUCCAGGUUACAUUAAACAAUGUAUGUAACAAGAGAAAAAAAUAGCUGUUUAGUUUGUACUUUGUACAAGCAUUUUCAAGCCAUAUAAGUUUCCUCUAAAAUUUUACUUUAUUAAAACUUGCAUGUUUUGUUCUUUGAACUACAUUGUUUACACAAUACCUCAAACUUGAUAUUUGAUUAAGUUAAAUGGGUAAAGGCUAAAGCAUUACUACCACAAGGACAUGGCUUGUUUGACAAAUUGGACAACUGUGACUUGUUUAUUAAUAGUUGAAUCAUUUUCUUAAAAAGUUGUAAAUUCAAUUUUGGAGCAUAAUAGUGAAAUUCCUGAGGGAGGCCCUUCCCUUGUGAGUUAGCCAUAAUGAUUGAUCAGUCUGUUUUGUUUUACAAUUUUCUUUAAGAUAAUCAAAUCAAACU